AUGACUGCGCCGUCUCCACAGUCUCCGAUACACAAAGGAGACACAGAGGUGACAGCGACAUUCGACAGGGUCGACACAGUCGGGACGACAACCUCGUUCGCGACCGCGCAUAGUCAAGAUUCAACCGACACGCGCAAGCAUGGGUCGACUGAGAAGCUUUCCCCGGCUCCUCCUGCUCCUCAAGAAGAUGAGAGUGCAAGGGAGCCAGAACCGGAUGCCGCAUACCACUCCGAAGAGCCCGUGAUCCGCGAUGAGAAGGCCCGACAGGACGGAGGACAGGCCGAGGCGCAGCUCGCACGUACCGUGACUGGCGGCAGCGGGCGGCCGUACUCUGCCUUCCCCAAGAGGACCAAGUGGCUCAUUGCCGGCCUUGGGGGCGUCGCGGCCGUCUUCAGCCCUAUCAGUAGCAACAUCUUCGUCCCCGCGAUCCCGGCGCUCGCAUCCGCCUUCCACAGAUCCGAGCAGGACAUCUCACUGGCCGUGACGACGUAUCUCGUGUUUCAGGCCGUGACGCCGAGUUUCUUCGGCAGCGCGAGUGACACGUUCGGCCGCCGGCCGAUCUUCCUCCUCGUUAUGGCGAUUUACAUUGGUGCCAACAUUGGAUUGGCCCUGUGUCCCACGAGCGAGUACUGGUUGCUACUCUUCCUGAGAGCGGUGCAGGCGACUGGCGGUAGCGGCGUGGUCUCCAUCGGUGCUGGCGCGAUCAGCGAUGUGGCCCUGCCAAGGGAGAAGGGCAAGAAGUCGUCGGCCAUGCUCGGCCCCUCCUUUGGUCCCCUCCUCGGCGGUAUCCUCGCCCAGACACUAGGCUGGCGUUCCAUCUUCUGGUUCCUGACCAUCGCGACAUGCUGCGUCAUGCUCCCCUUUCUCUUCCUGUACCCCGAGACGCUGCGCUCGUUGGUGGGCGACGGCAGUCUGCCACCGCCAACUAUCUGCUCCUCGCCCAUCGCCAUCUGGCAAGAGCACCAACGGAAGAAGAAGGCCAGGGCGGAGAUAGACGCGGGCGAAGGGGCCGAGGUCGAGGAGGAAGUAGAGCAGGAGCUAGCGACACGUGCCCCGAGGAAGAAGUACAACCCCCUCACUGCAUUCCAGUGCCUGCUUGUACCAGAGGUGCUGCUCGUGUUCGUCUUUGUGUCAUUGCCGUAUCUCGAGUUCUACUGUGUCCUCGUCGUCUUCUCGACAGCUUUGAAGGAUAACUACGGCCUGUCCGAGCUGCACAUUGGACUGUGCUACCUGCCCGGCGGGGCGGGCACGAUCGCCUCAGCGCUCGUGAACGGCCAGCUGCUCGACCGCGUCUACCGGCGAGAAGAAGCCCGUGUCGGCGGCGACUUCCGGAAAUGCCCCACGACCUUCAGGCUCGAACGCACGCGCCUCUGGUGCAUGUACCCGUUCGCGCUCCUGUUCAUUGUGGCCUGCAUCGGCCUGGGUUGGUGUCUGCAGGCGAAAGCGCACCUGGCCGCGGUCCUGGUCAUGCAGUUCUUCGUCGGUUUCGGCACCGGCACGACCUCCAUGGCGACAAUCUACGGCCAAGACGUCCUGCCCGGUAAAGGAGGCGCAGUGAGCGCCAGUCUGAACCUUGUGAGGUGCGCUUUUGGAGCAGUCGGAUCAGCCGUUAUCCAGAUCGUGUACGGACGCCUUGGGGCCGGCUGGACAUUUGUGCUCUUCUCGGGCAUUUGUCUCGCGGGCUUUCCCCUCGCUUUCAUUGCUGAGAAGUAUGCCGGGGGAUGGAGGGAGAAGAGGGCUGAGAAGCGAGCAGCGGGCACGCUGUGGAAGUGGAUGCCCCGAUAG